CUGCAAGUGGAAAGUGGAAUUCUGAGGCUCCCAUUUGCAGCUCUGACCGAUUUUGCCCAGUGCCACACCUCCUAUAGGCACCAACCAUCCCCUCUUUUUCGGGUUCCCCUUCUUUUCAGGUACUCUCGGCAGUGUGUGGGAAAGUGGACUUCUUUAUGUCUUGUGACCGAUUAAAGAGGAGUGUGUAGUCGCAUAGUGUUUAUCUUCGGUUUGGUACACCCAACGCAGGCAGCGGCGGCAGUGAUGGUGUUGUGUUGAAUGCAGCCGUGAGAGCUGGUCGCGCGUUUUCAGUGUAUUUGUGGCGUGGCCCCGUUUUGAUUUCAUUCACCGUGCUGCUACAAAAUAGGGAACCUUUUGGCGAACGAGAGGCAGCAGCAAGCUGACUUCCCUCGGUGCUGCCCGGCCACCAUAUUCCUGGAGAGCUGGCCUGAUGUCAUGGGUUGUUUUGGAAGUGCGAGCUCAAAAGCGGACCAAGAAGAAAACAAAAGACGUAAAGAGGCGAACAAAAAGAUAAACCAGCAGAUCCAGAAGGACAAGCAGGUCUACAGGGCCACGCACAGACUAUUGUUAUUAGGUGCCGGUGAAUCUGGGAAGAGCACAAUAGUCAAGCAGAUGAGGAUUUUGCACGUCAAUGGCUUCAGCGAAGAAGAGAAGAGACAAAAGAUAGAAGAUAUUAAGAAGAAUAUUAGAGAUGCAAUAAUUACCAUUACAGGCGCCAUGAGCACCCUGUCUCCUCCUGUGUCGUUGGAACACAACUCCAAUCAGGGCAGUGUAGACUACAUCCAGGAUGUGGCGUCGCAGCACGACUUCGACUACCCUUCAGAAUUCUACGAGCAUACAGAAAGAUUAUGGAAGGACAGAGGGGUGCAGGCGUGCUACGAAAGGUCCAAUGAAUAUCAGCUCAUAGACUGCGCCAAAUAUUUCCUGGAUCAGGUUCAUAUAAUCAAACAACCCAACUACACUCCCUCUGAACAGGACAUCCUCCGGUGUCGUGUUUUGACCUCAGGAAUUUUUGAAACCCGGUUUCAAGUGGACAAAGUAAAUUUUCACAUGUUCGAUGUUGGAGGGCAGAGGGACGAGCGGCGGAAAUGGAUCCAGUGCUUCAACGACGUGACGGCCAUCAUCUUCGUCACGGCGUGCAGCAGUUACAACAUGGUGCUCCGGGAAGACCCCACACAAAACAGGCUCAGGGAGUCACUUGACCUUUUUAAAAGCAUAUGGAACAAUAGAUGGCUGAGAACAAUUUCGGUGAUCCUGUUCCUCAACAAACAAGACUUACUGGCUGAGAAAAUCAAAGCUGGAAAGUCCAAGCUGGAGGACUACUUCCAGGAGUUCUUACGCUACCAAACCCCCAUGGACGCCACUUUCGAGCCAGGGGAGGACAUUGAAGUGAUCCGCGCAAAAUAUUUCAUUCGAGAUGAGUUUCUGCGCAUCAGCACAGCAAGUGGUGACGGAAAGCACUACUGCUAUCCACAUUUUACGUGUGCCGUAGACACAGAGAACAUUAGGAGGGUGUUUAACGACUGUCGGGACAUCAUCCAGAGGAUGCACCUACGGCAGUAUGAACUGUUGUGAUGUCGAGGCUCUUUGACUUUUCCUUUUGCCCCCGCCGCCGCCCCUCACUUCUGCAUCACAUUCAAGUACCCAACGGUCUGCAGCGUCCGUAGAAGAAGCGGUUGAAACUUUUGCUUACAUACCAAGAGAAGAAGAAGAAUUCAGAUUGAGAGAGAGCGCGAGUACGUUUUUUCCGACAAACAAACAGAAAUCUUACCUAAGCAGUGAGAAGAAAAUAAAUGAUUAAAAGCAAAAGAGGCCACCUUGUCAAACGAGAUGUUAUGUUUGUUGCAAUUCGAAAGUGGGCCAAUCAGUGUGCUACAUUUUUUUAUGUAUGAUUAAUUAUUACAGAGAGUGUGCUGCGAGUGCAAGGGGAUCACAUAUAUUAUGUUUUCUUCGAAUGGCAAUUUCACCCGUUGCCACAAACCCCCGCCUUUAUGUUGUUGUCUUUUUUCGUUGAUCUGGCCAAACAAAGGAUUUCUUGAAAAAGAGAGAUCGAUUGAUAGUCCUAUCCUGUCGUAGUUUUUCCUUGAGCUAUUGUUGUGUUUUUAACAUCAAUAUCUCUUGUUUUUAUUCACUUGGAGAUUUUAUUGAUUAAUUAUUGUAACAUUAUAUAUAUAUUUCUAUUGCUGUUUUUUGUUGAACAUUUUGACAAAUCAUUUUUUUUUUUUGCACCGACACGUAUUAGACUUCUGUCAAAAAGGAGCUAGUAUUUGUUGCAUUUAAACAGCGCCCUCGAGCUGACAUUUUUUCUCAAAAAAGUUAAGUUAAAGUUAUAAAAAAAAACGCAUUUCCAUCCUCGUGGAAUCUCCUUUGAUGUGUGUAGACAAAAAAAUGAGCACUGUAAAACAGGCUGGAUAGUAAAUUAAUCAAAUCAGAACCAGAAUACUAUUUUGAAGAGUUUUUUGAGACACUUUCCAGCCUGUUGGAUUCCAAAUGCUGUGCCAUAGGUUUUGCCCUCUUAGUGCAUCAGAAAGUGGUGCUGACAAAAAUGCGACUGAAUUUACAGCACAAAUUAUUACAAAACAAAAAACCCAGCAUACCCAGGUGCUUUGUUGGUCACACUUUUGUUUUAUAUAAAUUUCUUAACAUCUGCGCGCUCUUCUUUGAGCAGGAUUUGCAUUUGCUUUAAAAAAAAAAUAACUGUAUACUGUGGAAUGCGUUUGAUUUUUGUUUUUCUGUCGAUUCUCUGCGAUAAACAGUUGGCGAGAGCACAUUCAUCUAUUAUGUGAGAGUUAAUUAUUGUUGUUGUGGCUCUUCAGCGGCAGAUGCACAAAAUUGCUGUAAAGAAAAGAAAACUACCUACAGUUUGUGAGUUGACAUAGAUUCAGUUUUGUGACAAGCGAGUGAGAGUGCGAGCAAAAGGAGAAAAAAACUAAAAACGAUGCUGUCAGCUUGUUAAAAAAAAAAAUGGCCCACACUAAGGACCUCUUCUUUAAAGUUCUCUCCAAACAAAGAAGCAAAUUCCCACAAAAUGCACAAUAUUUAGGUGAGAGAGAGAGAGAGAGAGCAAGAGAGUUAUUUGUGUUAUUCAGACACAAAAGCAGGAAUCUUUUAGAUGAAAAGUGAAAAAAAAAUACAUGUCUAGUCCUAUUUUGAUUUCUACCGCGAAUCUGACUUACGAGUGUGAUUGCCAUACACAUAAAAGUAAUUAUGUGUCUCUCGAGUUAAAUCACAUUUACACACACACAUACACAAAACACACGUACAUGUACACUCUCACACACAUCUCUGCGCUGCAGUCAUGCAAUAGAACUAAUUCGGUUGGCCUUUUAUUUUCAUCUCUUUUUCCAUUAGCAGGUUAUCAUAGUCCGCUGGGCGAUACCCGUAAAUUAUUAAGGGACAAAGUCUAAAAGCGCGUGGCAGAAUAUAUAUAUAUAAUAAUAAAGAGCAAUUGGCUUGUUUCUAAGAAACACUCUCGGCAUGUUAUAGAUUUCAGUCAGAGGCGAUCGAUGAUUUUUUUU